CACGAAGCUUAAAAUCAAUGUCGGCUGAGCUAAAUGAUUGCCAGACCUCUUUACAAUUACAUGUAUAGGUAAUUUUCCAAAUUCACGAAUUCGCUGACUCUUACGUAAUUCAAUGCAGCACAAAUAAAUAAACACAUAUUUAAUGUCUUCUUCGCAAUUAUUGUUGCAUAACAUAGUACAUAUACCAUCAUUAUUAAACCACAUUAGCAAAAUCUUAAUGUAAAUGUCGUCUUAGAUGGCGCAUGCGUACAAUCGACUUAUUAAUUUUAAGCAAUUUUAAAGCUAAGCCAUAUUAAUAAAUCGGACUUCAGACGAAUUUAAGCUGAUUUCUAGUUUGAUAAAUCCGGCCCUUGGUCUUUACGUAUAAUUUCCAAGAAGUUUCCGUAUCCACCCAAAUCAAAUCAUUUUUUAAUACAAUCAAUAAAUUUAUAGCAAAGAAUACCAAAAUCGUAAUGUAAGUUUACCAUGGAGUUGAAUAAUAAUUUAGUAAUUCAGAGGAAAAUGAUAAAGGACUUUCCAUACGUUCAUGACGUAACCAAAAGAAGGCACAGCUCUCUCGUUUAAAGUCGUGGUAUUUAGCAACUACCCAAAUGCAUUGCAGUGCUGGUGUACUUUUGACGGAACUAUAGGGCGUUAUCGCAACUGUGAUUCAGUGGUGUGCACGUAUAUAUAGUGUAAAAUCAAUGCGUUGCCAUUCAGUUUUGUUUGCUUGCUCCUUGCAUUGAAUUGCUUCUUCAACACCGAAAAGCUUUUACCAUUUACUAUUCAAUUAUCUACACAAUACAAUCUCGAAUUGACAGCAACAACCACAGUUAUAUUACUGGACUGAACGUUGACAAGAACAUGACAGAACUAAUUGCAUUAGAUAUUGGCAUGGCAUUGCUCAAAGGAAUAACAGGGAAAAUUGGCACCAAAAUGUUCGACUCUGUUUUUCCUGACAGUAAAGUUCCUAGUUAUUUCGACAAAGUGUACAAACAAAUAGCCGAAAUUGUGAAGAAAGAAAUCAAGCCAGAUACUAUUAAUGAAAUCAACGGACAAAUCAAGGGAAUCCGAAGUUAUGUCUGUAAUGUCUAUGCGCCACGUAAAGAGAGUGGGGCUAGCAAGCAAGAACUUUUUGAUAUGAUCAAAGAUAAUGCAUAUGAUAUUGCAGUCCAUAUGGUUGCUGUCUUGCAAGAAGACGCUUAUGCAGAACCCGGAUUGGGUGUAUUUGUCAUUGGUGCAGGAAUGCAUUUAACAUUGCUUCAAGAAUUGGCCCUCGUGGAUCCUAACGUGUCCGAUCCUACCGAAUCUUCCUAUGCUGUAUCAGUUCAGAAAUAUGCAAAAGAAUAUGUGGCUUUUGUGGACAGAACGUACGACUCAAUAGUAAAGAAACGCACAAAUGAUGCCACCAUAACCGAAGUAAAAAUCAAGUCAAAGACUAUUCUACCGCCACCAGAAUAUCAUAGUACACCAGGCAUUGAGUAUUGUUCCAAAUGGACCGACCAAUUUCUCGGCAAAACCUACAAAGAUUCAACCAUCUUAGAGCAUACACGUACGUCAUGGUCAAGCGGAACCAAUGUUGAGAUGGAAAAUAGGAGUAAAAAGAAACGAAGCGACUACAUUCAACAGGUCAAAAAAGAUCUUGUUAAGAGUCUACAUGAUCCAAUAGGCGUUGCCAACCUAUGGCGAAAAUUGGAGAAGCAGCCGAUUCCUCCGCAAAGCCCCUAAGUCUCAAAAACAUUAACAACUAAGAAGCAAUAUGUUUAAGAUUAUGUAAAGUCCAGAACAUUUGGAAAACUCUUAAUGGCGGGCCGAGUUUUCAUUAAUCUAUAUUUUAGUUUUACGUCUUAGUUCUAAUUAGAUAUAUCUUAGUUUUAAAUAUAGAUGCUGCUAUUUAAACUAAGUUAUCUCUAUUUAAAACUAAGAUAUCUCCAUUUAAAACUACGAUAUCUCUAAUUAAAACUAAGAUAUCUAUUUUAAUAGAGAUAUAUCUAUAGUUUUAAAUAGAGAUGUCAUUGUUUAGAGAUAUCUUAGUUUAAAUCUUAGUUUAACUAUAGUUUAAUUAGAGGUAUCUUAGAUUUAAAUAGAGAUAUCUCUGUUAAUAAACAUAUCUCUAUUUAAAACUAAGAUACAGUAUCUUAGUUUUAAGUAACAGUUAUAAGAACCGCUAUAAAGUAAAAAUAUAUAUAUAUAUAUUAUGUUUAAUCAUUGUCAGGUUUAAUAUGCUGUUCUUUGUAAUAGACUUUAUUUAAUCAUCAUUAUUAUCAUCAUCAUCAUCAUCAUCAUCAUCAUCUUCACCAUUAUUAUUAUUAUUACAGUAGUGCUAUUUUGGUAUAUUAUCAUCAUUGUUACUCUCAUUUUUCAUAAUUAUUUCUAUUCUCUAGUUCAAGUCAUUGAAAUUUUAACACCAUAACAUUUAAUGUAUUUUAGAUUUAAAUGAUGAUGUGCAUUCACAAGGAUUGUGAAUGCACAAAAAAAAAAAAAAAAAAAAAAAAAAACAGUACACACCUAAAA